CUGGCAGUAGGGCCUGUCUUUGGUAGCUAGGCGAGAGGUGCAUUUCUGUUGUCUUCAUUUUACAAAUUGAUUGUGGGAAUCCAGCCUAGUUGAAGACUUAAGUUCGAAAUAAAAGAAAAACAGAAAAAGGUUUGGCACUACUAUCAAAAUGGCUACAUACACCAUGGGACAAUCUUUGGUGACGUGAAACUUUAUUUCAAUGAGAAAAUGGGACGAACAUCCAGAAUUCGUAAACUGCGAGUAGGAAGUCAACAUUUUCGCCCUCUUGUAAUCGACUCUAAUCCGGAAUUCGUUGAAUUGUGCAAAUGGAUGAGUGCGAAUGGGUGGAAUGGUGCUUCAAAAGAUUGCUUAAAAACAAAACCAGCCGUGUUUAGUGACACUGGACGUGGUCUCAUGGCCAUGUCCAACUUAGCUCCAAAUAGUCUCAUAGUCAGAAUCCCUAAAAAUCUUCUUAUUACUAAAGAAAAGGUUAUUUUGCAAAUUCCUGCCUUGAGAAAUUUCAAGAUGACAACAGCAGAAUGUUUAACUUUCUUCAUUUUGAUUUCAAAAAUAAAUGGAUUGUAUUCUUCUUACCUUUCUACUCUGCCAAAGAGUUUUUCAGUUGGAGGAUUAUGUGAAAGCCAAGAAGUGGCUGUUUUACCCAAGGUUCUUCAAGAUAAAAUUUUAUGCAAUCAAAGCUAUGUUUUGGAAAAGUAUCAAAACCUUGUGGUAAUAUGGGAAAAUUUGUUUGGUCCAACCCUGACAUUAGAAUGUUUCCAAUGGGCCUGGUAUUGUGUCAAUACAAGAGCAGUUUUUUAUCAAGAUUCGGAUAUAUUUAACAUGGACGGAUUGGAAAAUAACAUGGCUCUAGCUCCGUAUUUGGACAUGUUUAAUCACGAUCCGCACGUGGUCGUCAAAGCUGGUUUUAAUAAAAACAGCCAGUACUACGAAAUACGUUCGAGUCAAAAGAUAAAGAAACAUCAGCAAGUGUUCAUCAACUAUGGGCCACACGAUAACCAAAAACUGUUUUUAGAAUAUGGAUUUAUAACUCCAAAAAAUCCUCAUAAUGUGGUUGAAUUCGGAAUCAAUCUUCUGUUUGAUUUGUUCCCCGUCAAUUCUCUGUGUUUUGUUCCAAACCGGAUUGCCCUUCUCAAGCAACUUUGUAAGAAUGGAAAUCUAUUUUACAGCGAAGAGGGAUUUAGCUGGAAUGCUCAAAUUGCACUGAUGUUGCUUUCAUGUGAAGAUUCCCAGCUGUCAAGAAAAGGGUUUUCUCCUUUGGAAAUCAUACCUGACAAAGACCAAAUCAAGUUAUUAGUUUCUAGCAGUACUACUUCAAGCUUUUGGGUUGCCAAAUCACUCGUAAAAGAUAUUCUAAAUGUUCUCAAUGCUUGCGUCUUGGACGCCGAAUAAAUACUAAGUUAUGACGUA